AUGUCAAGUGUCACUAACGGUCGUAUGAAUAGCAGCAGCAGUAAUAUCAGUGGUAGUAGUGGGACUAGGAAACAGGAGUAUAUUGCUAGAAUCAAAUAUUCUAAUGAGUUACCACCUCCAAUCAUUCCACCAAAACUACUAAAAUAUCCCAUAAAUAAGAAUGAAGAAGUGGAUUCACCUCAUUUGGUCACUUCUUUGUAUACAAAGACUAAUGUCACACCGUUGAUUAAUAUAGAUAACGAUCUAGCUAUGCCGAUGGAUUUAAUGCAAUUACCAGGUCUUUUAAAUAAAAAUGAUACCACCCUUUUAUAUGGGUUCGAUAACGUUAAGUUAAAUGAUAAGGAUCGUGUUCUUUUGAGAGAUCCAAGAAUUGACAAAAUUAUUAAGACUGAUACUUCAAAAGUCACAUUUUUAAGAAGAACCGAAUAUUUAUCAUCUACAAUGGCAUCAAAUAAUAAUAGUGGUAAUGAUAAUUCUGCUGUAUCCACCCUAACCAAGAAACGGCCAAGAUCAAAUUAUGAUGGUGAUUAUGAUGAUGGCAAAAUGUUAAAUUCAUCUGAUAUUGUCAAUAAAGUUGAAACCACCUUUGAUACAAUGUCUCAUGACUUGACAACCUUUAAACAUCCAAUUAAGCGUAAUUUGAAAGCUGUUAAAGUUUGGGAUUUCUUACCUGAUACCGCAUCCAUGGAUCAAAACUAUUUCACUCUAAGGUUAGUUGGUAGUGCAACUUUAGAUUCAAGAGAAAGAGAAAAGCUUUCCUUGAAUACUACUAUAUUUAGACCUGUUGAAUUAGAGGAAGAUGAAUGGAUUUCAAUGUAUACGAUAAAUAAUGAAAACGAUUCAAAGAUUCUGGAAGAAAAUUAUGAAAAACUUAUUGAUAAAAGUAAUAAUAAUAGCAAUGCAAAUAUUGAUAAUAAAGUGUUCAAGUUUAGAAGAUUAAGGGAUUUUGAUAUGAAACAGGUGGUAAGUAUGCCGAUAAAUACAAAUACAGAUACUAAUCCAAAUCCAUUUGGCGAAAUUUCAAUUAUUUUUAAUAAUGAUAAAAAAAUUGCAUAUUACAAACCACUGCGUUCAAGGAUAGAGUUGAGACGAAGACGUGUUAAUGAUAUUUUCAAAAAUUUGGUUAAAGAGCAUAAUGUUGAUCAAUUAAAUAUUAAAUUAAGAAAUCCAAGUACAAAGGAGGCUAAUAUUAGGGAUAGAUUAAGAAUGAAAUUUGAUCCAAUCAAUUUUGUUCCAGUUGAAGAAGAAGAAGAAGAGGAAGAAGAGGAAGAGGCGGAAGAAGAUCAUGAUAACCAUGAUGAAAUAAAGACAGAGGACAUAAAGAGUGACAACAAUAGUGAAGAACAUAAUAACGAAAACAAUUAA